UGGCAUUCAGACGAAAAAAACCCAUUAAAUUUUAAUGGGUUUUUUCGUCUGAAUCCAUCCCAUUGAAAGUUCUACAAGCGGAAGUCGUUGCUGUUCACAGUCAAGAAGCGUACACGCAAGACAUUAACUGCUCUCAAUGGACGCGGACGACGCGGCUCCCAUCGCAAACGGCGCGUCUCCGCAGGAUUCUGCAGCCGCACCAAAAACACCUCCCGCCCCCGCUUCAGCUCCUACGCCGUCGCUGGCUAAAGAAGAGUCUGAGAAGCUCCGCAAUGGCGCUCCCAGUUCAACAGGAGCCGUUCCCGCCGCUUCCGACUCUCCUGCGCCACUCAAACCCAAGACGAAGCCCGCAUUACGUGCCCCGCCUAGAAGACUGCGUAGUGGAAGUGGAAGUGGCAGCAACACAAGCUCUGGACGCGAGCGGCGCCACUCUGGUGGCCCUCGCCCCGCUAGUGCCAAUAUGGGGAUCGUCGUAGGCACGCUCAGACGCAGAAACCGCGUGAGUCUUCGCACCAGCUCAUUAUCAGACGAAGAAGCCGAUGAUGUAGUGUCGGUUCCACCCCGCAGCACGGCGAUAUUGGCUCCCAGACGCGGUAAGAAGCAGCCGAGUCUGCGCAACAUGGCGUCCCUCGUACGCUCGCAUCUACGCAGCUCCAAGAGCUUGGUCUCUACCGCCAGUGAAAGUACAGACGUUGACGCAGACGAAGACAAGAGACCAGGUCUGGAACGCAGCAACUCGUCGUUCGCGGGCGUCGCACAGCAAGUUGUGACUUCCAGACGCGCAGCCAGAGGCUUCCUGUCCAUGUGGACGAAGGAUUCCACCGAGACGAUGCACGUGUAUCGCGGUAUUCACAUGGAGAAGAAGAAAUUGGACCUUGUCAGCGUCGCAUCCGAGUACAAGGAGAUCAAGCGUCGACAAUUCUACCAAGAACUGGUAGUCUACGUAGUUUUCUUAACGCUGCUCUUCUCGCUGCUCUCAUGGCUGCCUGUCCAAGACAGUUUCCAUCAGAACGAUGUGGUGGGGGCUCUUACAUGUCGUGAAGAGGGCGAGUGUGAGAUCAAGACCUUCGCUGACAUCUACGACUUCGCUGGCAAGCUUCGAGACACUGUCUGUGAGCGUCAAAACGUAACAGCACAAUGGGUACGCGUUGGCGGCGUGGGUUUUCGCCAAGUGCGUGUUAAGGAGCUGCGAUGUCGAGUAUACGAUGGCUGGGAGGCACCAUGCUACCCAUUUUACAGUCCAGAGGUAGAGCAGAAGACUCCGUUGCUUGGAGAGAAUGGCACGGAUCGGUUGUACAAGUGGCGAGAUGGUCUAGGCGAGCUAUCACCUGAGAUCUACAGGUCUUUUGUGGACUGGUUGUUCUUCGCUCCCGUCUCGUCGUACGGCACAGGUGGUUACGCUGUGGAUCUGUGCGAUCUGGAGGAGGUGGAAGAGCUCCGGCUGGACUAUUUUCUCUCCGAACAUACACGUGCUGCGGCGUUCAAGUUCAUCCUUCUCAACCCGAUUACCCGCGUGUUUACUAUUGGAAUGCACGUGAUCACAGUGGAUCCGUCCGGUCAUAUCGAUCACUUCGCACACAGUUCACACGUUCGAGUUAUUGGCCACGAGAAGCCUGAGCAGUUUACGAUCACCGAGGACAACGGCGACAUACCUUCCAAGCCCCAGCUUCACCGCAGGAUCUUCGAUGCUGUUGGUAGCUCCAUGUCUCUGGUACGUGAGGCUUUUGACGUGCGUGUACUGUUGUGGGUUGCGCUCGUCCUGUUCUUCAUCACCUACUGCAUCGGAGAGGCCACGGAGAUGAUGACGAUGGGUGCGACGACGUAUCUUGGAUCGGAUAUGUGGAAUCUGUUCGAGCUGACCCACUUAGUGAUCCUGGCUGCGUUGCUGAGCUACAUGGUGCACUAUUAUAUGGCCUCCAGUACCUUCGCGUUGCAUCUAGCGGAACUACGUGAGGGUCGAGGAGUGGAAGAGCUGAGUCACACUAGCUCUCAAGAAUUGUUGACUGGAUUCCAGCAGUUAUCCGAUCUUGCGUCACUGGGCUCUGCUAUCAGUUUGCUCAAGGUAUUCAAGUUCUUACGCAUGAACGCGACGUUGAACUUGCUCUGGCGUGUGUUGGGCAUGGCGAUGAGUGAUCUCAUGGGUUUCCUGGUUAUCUUCAACCUCAUCUUUUUGGGAUACUCAGCCAUGGGUAGCUACGCCUUUGGCUUCGCUCUUGAAGAGUACUCGACGAUCAGUAAGUCGUAUGGCACGUGCUUCCAGAUGCUGGCUGGAGAGAUGGACUACGGACGACUGCAGCAGGCGAACCCUCGUGUUGCUCCGCUCUUUAUUGGAACUUUUGUGGUGCUGGUGUUCCAGAUCCUGGUCAACAUGUUUGUUGCGAUUUUGUCUGAGUACUACGAAGUCGCCAAGAACGACGAGACGGCCAGUGGAGAAGACGUCGAGUACGAUGUACUCGCACGUAUCCGCAGCUUCGUGAGUGCUUGUUCCCCGACGGUUGUUGUGCCUAAGGACCACGGAGUUAUUCGUCUCAUUCCAUGGCAGCAAGUUCGUCUCAUAUCGACGAAUCUUGUCGACCAAGAGGAGACGCGCCAACGUGUCAGGAAGCUGUUCCGCGGUGCAGUGUGGCGUGUUGUUGCGCUACUACGUUUCGGUAUGAAAUUCGACCGUAGAAUCAAUUUUGGAGACCGCAAGACCCACGAUGGAAGCGCUCACAAUGGCAAUGGAGGAUCUGGCAAUGGUAAGGACGAUCGUGAGCUGGUGUCGCACAUCCGGCUGUCCGAAAAUUUUGACCACAAGACCAUCAAGGAAAUGAUUCCUAUUGGGAUCACAAUUCGACUUCAGGGAGAUUCAAUUCUUGGUGACGGUCUAGCACUCAAGGUUGUACAUCAUGGAAAGCUGUCCGUGGAGUGCAUUGUUCUAGGCCCUAAUGAGGCAGAAGCUGGAGUGAACGCGCCUGGGAAGGUUAACGGUGGGCUAAAUGCCUUCGCACCUCCACGCUCAAUCUCGUCGUUAGGCUCAUUUGGGGACGAUUCCGACCUCGAUGACGGCGCACCAAGAGAGCGUGUGUUAGAGCUAAUGGGAGGAGAGAAAUUACGGAUCCCGAGAAGGAGAUUGGCGGUGCAUUUAUGUCGUGUUAUGUUCCAGGAGCUGAAGAUGGGGCUUCUGCGUGCUACCAAGUUGUGGAACUACUCCAAGGAUCACAUGGUGGACGACUAUCAUCUCGGACUGCUCUUUGAUAGUGUCCGCGCUGAUGGACGUACCAGUCUGCGUUUCGACGAGAUCUCCCGCAUGUUAGAUCUCUUCCUGCGUAAGGAUAAACGCAAAGCGAUGUGUUCGCAAGCCGAAGUGCGACGUGAAGCUCUGCAGGUGAUGUAUCGCUUCCGCAAGUGUCUUAUCGACAUGCCGUCGCGUGAAAAGGAGGGCCACAAUUACCGUCCCAAGCCUGUCGACACGUCCAAGGUAGAGCUUGGUCAUCUUGAACAUCUCGGCGAUGUUCUGGCUCGCAAUUGUCACGAUAUGUGGGCGCUGGAGCGUCUCAAGCAAGGCUGGCAGUAUGGUGAGGAGCGAGAUGACAAAAAGAAGAGACAUCCGAACCUGGUGCCGUACAAAUUACUCUCCGUGGAAGAACAAGCCUUCGACUACCGCUCGUCCAUUGAGACAAUCAAGACGAUUGUCUUUAUGAACUACACGAUCACUCGUGCCAACCACCAGCGCUCUCACAGCGGCUCGUUCCAUGACUCCGUGUCCCGGUCGGCUUCGAUGAUGUCAGAUAUCGCGGACGGGCUCGGAGGAAGCAACAGUUCAUUGAUAAGUGGCGGCUCGGAUUCAACGAGUCCGAGAGCCAAUGACGCUGCUGUUUUCGAGGAGUUAGGAACGGCUUCUCACCCUGGAACACCGGCCAAACCCGUGCCUUCCCUAUUGCGUGAAGCUAUGAGCUUCCGACGCAAUAGUCUUAUGGGCGAUUCUCCCUAUUUCACGACCUAUGGAGAGGGAAAUGUGGAAGUGUAUCGUCCUCUUCCUAUUGACACGACGACGGUCGAGUUGCCUCCGAGACUACUGCGUCUUGUGGAUUUGCUGGCUGAGAACGCACACGAAGUGUGGGCUAAGGGACGAAUGGAUGAAGGUUGGACUUACGGCCCACAGCGUGACGAUAGCGCGAAGAAACACCCGUGUCUGGUGCCGUACGUGUUCCUCACAGAUGAUGAAAAGGAAUACGAUAUCAACAUCGCCAAAGAGACCCUCAAGACUCUGAUCGCGAUGAAGUUCACGAUCCUCGACCGCUCCAGCAAGUAUUAACCUUGAGGUGAUUUUGUAUCGGUGUUGGCGCAGGCAACACGAACAGUGUGUAUACCUUGCAGCCGACACUAUUUGUUAGUGGAUAAAGAUCCACGCUAGAAAAUAUUAAACACUUGGCUUUCCGUCAGAUCAACGCUG